AUGUGCCUGUACCUGGACGAGUUCCAGAUGCAGGGCGGCGGCCUCAUCGACUUCGCCGGGCUCACCGACCUGCAGCAGUACGAGGCGGCGAUGAAGCACCUGAACCCCGAGCGCGCCUCGCAGUGGUGGAGCUGGUUCCGCAUCUCCAGCGUCACGUACAGCAUGCUGCGGAGGCACCAGGGGAACGAGCCUGCCUGCGCGAGAAUCUGGAACGCGCACCUCUCCUGGUCCUCGAGGUACCCGUACUUCGACGAGGCCGAGAACGUCGAGAUGGUGAUGCGGUGCGAACGCUCGGAGGCGCAGGGCAAGAAGAUGUCCUUCCUGCCCACCCUGAUCAAGAUGGUGCGCUUCGACAACCCGGGCAUGCAGGUGCGCGAGACCGCCUGGCGGUGGACGCUGGCCUCCGGCGGUGCCCCGGCCGCGCCGCGGCCGGAGGCCCCUGGCGGCGCCGGCCGCCCGAUGGCCGACGGCUGCGCGGCGCCGGCGGGCCCCAGCGGCGCGGCGGCCGCUGCCUGA